UCGUCGUGUAAGUGUUUGUGGCUUGUGCGGUGAUACCUUUCAUAAGUUAUUCCGUCGGAUUGCCCGGCUGCAUAGCCGCGGACCUCAAAACUAACAAUCAUGUCAAAUCCGGCAGUGAACAAGGAGACGUUCUACCGGCGUAUGAAAGGCGUCUACCAGGCCUGGAAGAAUGGCGAAGCCGAGUACGUACCUUUGGCACAGUCUGACGCCGUUGUGGUUGUCGUCGGACAGGAUGAAGACGUAGUGUACUCAAAGAGCACAGCCUUACAACAUUAUCUGCUCGGAUAUGAAUUGUCCGACACGCUAAUGGUACUCUGCGAUAGGCAGAUCAUUUUUCUCGCAUCGAAGAAGAAAAUUGAGUUUCUCAAACAACUGGAGCAGGGCAAAGAAAACGAAGGUGACGUACCACCAGUCACAUUACUUGUUCGCGACAAGAGUGACAAAGAUAAAGGGAAUUUUGAAAAGAUUAUCGAGUCUAUCGGCAAGUCGCGCGAAGGUAAGGCGUUAGGCGUCUUCUCAAAGGAUAAAUUCAAAUCGGAAUUCAUCGAUCUUUGGAAGGACGCAUUGCGGGCCGCCAAAAUUGAGAAUACUGUUGAUAUUUCACCAGCGUUAGCCUAUGUGAUGUCUUUGAAGGAUGAUCACGAGAUCAGCCUGACAAAGCGUGCUUCCCAGAUGUCGGUUGAUGUUUACUCAAAGUAUUUGCGCCAGCAAAUUAUGGAGAUUAUCGAUUCCGAUCGUAAAAUUCGUCACAACAAGCUGUCUGAGAUGGUGGAGGAGGCAUUUCAGAAUAAGAAAUUCGUUGGCCAGAACACCGACACAAGCCAGGUGGAAAGCUGUUACCCGGCUAUUAUUCAAAGUGGCGGAAAUUAUAAUCUUAAAUUUAGCGUCCAAUCGGACAAAAACUCAUUAGACUUUGGCACGAUCGUGUGCAUGCUUGGUGCACGGUACAAAUAUUACUGUUCAAAUAUAGUAAGAACGCUGAUGGUGAAUCCUUCGGAAGAACAAAAAGAGGUAUACACGUUUCUGGUCGAUCUUCAGGAGCAUAUUAUCGAGAAACUGCGCGACGGAGAGAAACUCAGCGAUGUGUACGUCGAAGGUGUUAAGUAUGCUACGGAUCAUCGUAAGGAUCUCCUUGAAAAUCUCACAAAAAAUUUUGGAUUCGCGAUGGGCAUCGAGUUCCGUGAAAGCAGCCUGUCAAUAGCACCGAAAGCAAAUGCCGUGGCCAAAAAAGGGAUGAUCUUCAAUGUUUGCGUUGGCUUAUCGAGCCUUGAAAAUAAAGAAGGGAAGGGCGACACCAAAAAGUAUGCUUUGUUCGUUGGUGAUACAGUUGUUGUUGUAGAAAAGGAUCAGCCUGUCAACGUAUUGACGCAAAGCAAAAAGAAAAUUAAAAACGUUGCCAUCGUCCUGAAGGAUGACGAGGACGAAUCUGAAGAGGAGGAAGAAACCGAGAAUAAGGGCGGUGAUAAGAAACAUAAGGAUGGCAAAAAGGACGAUGCAGAUGAGAUACUUGGACGUGGCGCCCGAAGGAACAACGCCAUUAUGGAGUCAAAGCUUCGAACAGAAGCAUCUGGCGAAGAGAAACGACAACAGAACCAAAAGGUACUUGCUGACAAGCUUAACGAGGAGGCAAGAAAUCGUUUAGCGAAGCAGGGCGAUAGAAAACUCGAGCAAAAACACGGCAAGUCCGUCGUGUCAUACAAGAGCGUGGGGCAGCUGCCUCGCGAACCAGAAAUGAAGCAGCUUAAGGUGUUUGUUGACAAAAAGUAUGAAACGGUCAUAUUGCCUGUGUUCGGCAUACCUGUACCCUAUCACAUCAGUACAAUCAAAAAUAUCUCACAGUCAGUAGAGGGCGAUUACACAUAUUUGCGAAUAAAUUUCUUCCACCCAGGCGGUGGAGCUUUGGGCCGAAACGAAGGCUCAUAUUUCCCUAAUCCUGAAGCGACCUUUCUUAAGGAGGUGACGUUCCGUGCCAGCAACCUCAAAGAACCUGGCGAACUGUCAGCGGCUUCAAGUAAUUUGAAUACGGCAUUUCAGCUAAUCAAAGCUGUUCAGAAGAAAUGGAAAACACGUGAAGCUGAAAAGCGCGAACAAGAAGGCAUUGUCAAACAGGAUGCUUUGGUGUUAUCAAACAAUAAAGGAAAUCCUAAGCUGAAAGACCUCUACAUCCGGCCCAACAUCCAUUCGAAAAGAAUAACUGGUUCGCUCGAGGCCCAUACAAAUGGAUUCCGUUUUACAUCGGUGCGAGGUGACCGCGUCGAUGUUUUGUACAAUAACGUCAAGCAUGCGUUCUUCCAGCCUUGCGAUAACGAAAUGAUAAUUUUACUACAUUUCACAUUAAAAAAUGCUAUUGUGAUUGGCAAGAAGAAGCAAACGGAUGUACAAUUCUAUACCGAAGUCGGAGAGAUCACUACUGACCUCGGAAAACACCAACACAUGCAUGACCGAGAUGAUCUCGCCGCUGAGCAAGCCGAACGUGAGCUUCGAAACAAGCUAAAGAAUGCGUUUAAGCAGUUCUGUGAGAAGGUUGAGAACGUCACAAAGCAGGAGGUCGAAUUUGAUACGCCGUUUAGAGAUCUCGGAUUUCCUGGCGUCCCAUUCCGGUCUACCGUACUAUUACAACCCACGUCUGGUGCGCUGGUUCACCUAACCGAGUGGCCUCCAUUCAUAAUUACUCUAGAGGAACUCGAGUUGGUCCAUUUCGAGCGAGUACAAUUCCAUUUAAAGAACUUCGACAUGGUAUUUGUGUUCAAAGAUUACCAGCGAAAGGUAGCGAUGGUCAAUGCCGUUCCUAUGAACCUGCUAGACCAUGUUAAAGAAUGGCUAAACUCUUGCGAUAUCCGUUAUACCGAGGGUAUCCAAUCGCUCAAUUGGACAAAAAUCAUGAAGACGAUUACGAGUGACCCAGAGGGCUUCUUCGAUCAGGGCGGCUGGAAGUUCCUUGAUCCUCAGUCAGGUUCGGAGGAUGAAGGUGAUGAAGACGACGAAGAUGAUGAGGAUGAAGAAUUCAAUCCUACGGAAUCGGAGGACGACGGUGACGGUGGAGAUGACGAUGAUGAAAGUGAUUCUGAGGACUAUUCGUCGGAGACCGAGGCCAGUGAGUCGGGAGGUGAGGAAUCCCUCGGCUCUUCGGAAGAAUCAGGUAAAGAUUGGUCUGAACUCGAGGAGGAGGCUCGCCGUGCUGAUCGGGACAAUGAAGAAGAGGAACGUGGUGGAGGUGGUGGAAGCGGUAAAAAGAAGGUGCUCACGAAGCAUUCGUCGAAGGGGCACUCAAGCAGCAGUAGCAAGCAUCACUCGUCAAAGCAUUCGCCGUCGAAAAAGUCAUCUCAUAAGGAUAAGCAUCGUGACAAGGAUAAGCAUAAAAGUCCGCAUAAAUCAUCGCAUAAGUCACCCCAUAAGGAUAAGAAGAGAUCACGGGACGACAGCAAGGGUCGUUCCCCCGAGAAGAAACGUCACAAAAAGUGAAUGGACAUAUGACGUCCAUAGUCGAUAUUGUGCGCAUGAGAGUUAAGAUCAUCUCCUUAACAGAGAAAUCAGGAAUAUUACAGGUCGUCUGUCCCUCUGAUUGGUCAUCGGAUCAGCAGCUCCCUGAACCAUAGGUAUAAAAGUCAUUGGUGGCACUUGGGCGCGGGAUGAUAUGGAAAACGUGUUGCACGACCAGCAAUACGUCUAUUGUAUAAUACAUUUUAUUCUGUUGUAUGAAUAAUUAAAUAUUAAAAAUAAUAACAUAUUAAUAAUAAAAGAGUUCAUGUAUGUAUAUUAAUCGACCUUUGCAGCCCGUGCGUGUUGUUUCACCCCUCUUUCUGAUCCUGCACACACACGGUAAAGAAACAAGGAAGCAAGCAAAGAAACAGAAAUACAUAUAGCCAUAUAUUAAAUUUGAAAUUGAUGAAAUAGAUUCGGUUGAGGUCUUUAUCGUCAACCAAGUAAACAACAAAAGCAACUAGAAAAGGACGAGUAUUACAAUCAGCCUUAUCGGGUUUGCGGUAAAGAAGCCGUUUGCUGUUACAUCUGCGAAAGGCAAUUGCUUUUAUUUUGUAAAUGUAUUGGCUACAUAUGACCGCCUCGCAACGAGGCGACUUAGCUACAUAUAUACAUACCAUAAGCAUACAUAGACAAAUGCAUAUUUGUGGGUAAUUUGCUACAAAAAUCACCCAAAGAUGAGGGGUUAACGGGAACAAGUUUGUUCCAAUGUAAGCAAAAACAGAAAUAUUAUAUAAAGAAAGUCGUACGAAUAAAGAAUAAGCAGUGAGUAAAAUAUGGGAAGAAUAAAAAGACAGCGGAUUUGUCUAUUUAUAUUCGUGACUGUAUUUGCGAAAGUGUAAUCUCUCUUGAGCCAAUAGUAGGCAUGCUUAGAUAUGCUCGUAGUUAGAGAAAUGGUUGUAAGAAAUUGUUCACUUUGCUGUAUAGUACCUUGCUUAUAUAAAACGAUGGCGGUUUCGGGAUGUCGUGCCUAGAGUACAGUGCAUGCUUGUAAGCGCUAAAAACAAACAUUUUUCGAAAUGAAUAAACAGUUCAGUUCUUAUCGGAGACUAAUAUCAAUGCCUGGUGACAAAGUAAGCACCUCUCCCUAAUUAAAUUCCAAAACAGCCGUUAUGCAAAUUUCUUAUGUGUUUUUGCGUACUGUGUGAUGUUACUAGAUAGGUAUUCGUGAUAAAAUGGCCGAAAACAGCAAAGUGUACUCCAAACAAAUUAUUUUAAGAGAAUGUAUAUACGUCUUUAGGCUGCUGCAGAAAGUUGGACAACUUGUGUGGUAUCCUUUGGCUGAAAAAAUCAAUGAGAAUAACAUAAAUCUCGUUGAUUUUAGCCGUUUAGAAUCUAUGUGAAUAUAACUUCCCGUUGCUAUUUUCAAAGCCGGCGUAGUACGAGCUGUAUUUUAGUUAAAUAAAAUGGAUAGGAUUAACCUUAGGAGAAUAGUUCUUUAAUCGACUUAAACCUCAUGCUAAUCAUCAAAGUGCGUCCCCGCAUUUAGGAUUAUAUGCAGCCUAUUCUGAAUGGCGAUCUGUUCAUUAAUAGAGGACCUGUUGUUUCCUCUGUGAAAUCGCCGUUUCUUUUUCGGUUAUACAACGCGCUAAAUUACUCCUUCACGUGCCGUCUUUUAAAAUAAAUACUUUAAAAUAGCAUGCCUUCUUUCAAGUGUAUAAUUUGUUGUUUGCAAAUGAAAACAAAAGAAAACUAAAUAAAUAGACAUUCAAUCAAGUUACUAAAUUGAUAUGCAUACGUCCACAAAGUGAAAUGUAGAAUCCCUACAAUAGAUAAGGGUUCCUAAGAUCAAUUCUUUAGUUAAACGGUAACAGACCUUAGCCAGCUAUUUUUAGCUCAAGAUUUACUUUCUUCUAAAAUCAUGAAUUUUGACCGGUGUAAUUUUAGCGCAUUGCUAUUUCCAGGUGUGCAAUAGUUUAUGCAGUUUCUUAUCAUAAUAGUUCAUUCACUUUUAAAUAUUCGCUAGAAUGUUUCCUUUAGAAGGUAAGUAGUAAAAAUCUCAGCUUGGAGAACGUAAAGAGCUUCCGCGUGCUUUUGAUUCUGUGGAAAGUCUCGCAUCUUUGGAAACCACUGUUGCAUUUAUGUAUACUUAUCCAGUGUUAUAUGAAAUGCCGAAUAAUCGAACGACCAUAUGUUAAAGCGUUUUAGUAUUUUAGGCUUGACUCAAAAGAGUAAUGGCGUCUUCGGAACUUCGUCAAGUGUUUCAGGCUUGAGGAGCUGGCAGUUGCUUGCCGCUGUGCCUACUAAAGAGAUUCCUGUGACAGAAAAAAAGAAGCCUACUUCUCUUUUGACUAGUAUUUUGUCGAUUUCCCAAUAAAUCACUAAUGCGUUAUUUAUCAAACCGCUCAUCAAUCAAAGUCUUUCAAUGACAGGUGUCAAGUUAAAAUUUGGUUACCGAAGUUCCGGCGCUAUUGCAAUCUAUUUCACUGUACUCGACGGUCGAACGCCGUGGACGCACCGUUUAUUUGAAACAAAGAUGUAAGGCGGUGCCAUACAUCAGACAUAAAACCACAGUGUGUGGAAGAUGUAGUUACAUCACUCAUCAGAACAUAUUGUUCGUCGUGCACCGGCAGUGGGUCUUGAGUAAACAGCACAGUUAGCUAACGUUAAUAGACGACCUGUGUUAGAGAAGACUGCUCGUGAUGAGUGUAAGAGAUUAUUAAUUUUAGAAAGUGGUAAGAAGACCUCUUUAACAAGGAAGUUAACAGAAAGGGUAGUAAGUCUGAAAUCUGUGCAGGUCACAAAAGACCGGCAUUAUUCUCUUUCUUGGUGUGCAGCCAAGCCCUGAGGUAGUGACGGACAUCAUGUAGCAGUUUCACGAUUAUUUGACGCGGUAAACUUGUAACUUGAUUCUGGAAAAAAUGUUAGGCUUAGGAAGUUAUAACUAACUAGUAGAUAAUCAUUCAACAUUCCUUCUAGCUAUUUAGUUCAUAUUACUUCAUUAAUUGAAUACUGUUGGUAAGAGCAUAUUGCUGGAAAAGUUCCUGGCUUUUGCAUUGUUAGGACGUAUUUCGUGCUUCAUUGAUGGCUACUUUAGUUAUAAUUACUACCAAAUAUCUACUAAUUUAUAUUAAUAGAACACCCUGUGUUCUUCGAAAGAGAUUUUCUAAAUGAAUGAAUUUACUCUGUCAGUAAAUCACUAAAUUAGAAAACUAUUUUUGUUCAUCCUUCUCUUGAAAAAUUUUGCGCUGAACCUUUAGAGGGUAAUUUAGAGUUCCAAGUGGCUGUUGUUCGAUGCUAUUGGUGCGAGGUCAACAGCGUCGUUUAGUAUCAGUAAAAAGCUUCGAGGCAAACGUGAUGGCCAGAGGACCUAUACUCCUACUUGCCUUGUCAGAAUGAAAGUGCCGAUCUUAUGUACUUGUCAAAUAACAAGAAACUACAUGAUUCUAUUAUAACAAUGUCAAAAAUUAAUACCUUAUCAAACUAUUUGAUAUUGAAUUAUUAUAAAAUACGAUUUAACCAUACUAAUGGCAGAAUUAUAAUUGGAACAGAAAUUAUUUUCUACAACCGAUCGAACUUAAUUUCGGUUGGAAAUUUUCGGUAAUUCGGUCGGAACCUAACCUAACCAAUUGUUACACACUUCCACUACGAAAUUGUGUUUUCACUCCAGAUGUUAAUUUUGACACGCUAUACGAUCGAAUACUACAUGUAUAUCGUUGUCUCACAACCACUCGAUCCCUGUGAAGCAACAUAGUGCGAUAGUUGCCAAUUUCUCAAUAAAUUCCUACCAAGCAUCGCAAGUAACCACAUUUGACGCUCUGGCAAUCAACAUGCUUUUCUAGUUAUUCGUUUGCUGAUGACUAGGUGUUAUUUAGCUUCUUCUUCUUAUGCAUAAGGCUGCGAUCAUGCAUUUGUUCAAGUCACAAAAUUUUACGCUCAGUUUGGACCUCAAUGAGGGGUGUGUUAGCGCAAAACGGCAUUUCGACUCCUCAUUAUAGGUGAUGCAUGAAGUUCAAGAAGCUUUUGGAACAGACCCUGGAUACGUAUGAGGCAUAUGACAAAGGCUUUAAAGCUAAAUGUAGCAUAUUUAAUGUACCUCACAGCAUUCAAACAUAACAUUUUCCACGCAAAACCCCGUGAGAAUAUGAAGAAAGCUGCUUUGAGUUAUUUUGGAAAGAAAAUUCGUAUAUCUUA